GCGUCGCCUCCCUCUGGGCUACAGGAAAUGUUGAAGUUUAAAUGGUCUUUGUUUUGGGAGGAUUCCCAGCCCCCCGUCUCCCUAUUUGAAAACUAAAGAACAAAAUGUAUAACAGGUAUGUUAGAUUCCUCCUAAACGUUUAUUUUUCAUUAACAUAGAGGCUAGUUCCUGUUUUUCCGCAGCUGUAGGACUCCGUAAUGUUGUUAGCUUCCCUGUUAGCCACAGAUUCCUUCUUCCUGUGUUAGCCGUCCAUCCGUCUCCUUUGUGCAGAAAUGAACCGUAUGUGCUACAAUAACAACAAUACUCUUCAAACAAUCCACAUGUCCAGUGUGUAUUGAUGCCCUUGCAGCAGAAUGAAUGUACAUUUGUUGAAAUAAGUCAACUGUUAAGAUGGAAGAAAACCAGUAUACAUCACUGACGGUUCCUACGGAUUAUUUUCAGCAGUGGUACCAGUCCAGUCAGCAGCACCCUGAGGCUCAGUAUGUGAUGCCCUAUAACAACAUGGGCUUCUACACAGAGGGUCCCAGAGAUGAGCCCGUCAUGGCGGAGCUGUCCGUCCACCGGGAUCCUCCUGUUCACCAGGAACCUUUCUACCAGAACUACAACCCCCCGGCCCAGAAUCAGUACCAUGAGCUGACCUACCAGCCCAACCUCAGGGAGCAGCAGCAGCAGCAGCAGCAGCACCCUGGACACAUGCACCCCCCUCAGCACCAACACACAGCCCAGCAGCAGCAGCAGGAGCCCAGCGUGCAGCUCCAACCUCAGCCUGCUGCUCCACCUCAAGUGGCGACGCCGGUGAAGAAGAAGCGCGGCCGGCCUCCGAAGCAGCAGACAGAAGAUGGAAAGACGACCGAGGAGGAGAACGAGAUCGAGGCAGCGAAAAAAGCCAAACGGGCUCUGAACCGCUUCAACGGCAUGUCAGUGGAGGAGGUGAUGACCAAAACCCUGCCGGACGUCAUCACCUACAACCUGGACAUCUUGAUAAUUGGAAUUAACCCGGGACUGCUGUCGGCGUACAAAGGACGCCAUUACCCAAACCCAGGAAACCAUUUCUGGAAAUGUCUGUUUCUCUCUGGUCUGACUGACGAGCAGCUCAACUUCAUGCACGACCAGAGCCUGCCGGAGACAUACAGCAUCGGCUUCACCAACAUGGUGGAGAGGACCACACCCGGCAGCAAGGACCUCUCCAGUAAGGAGAUUCGUGAAGGAGGUCGACAGUUACUCGACAAGCUGCAGAAAUACAGACCAUUAAUAGCUGCUUUCAAUGGAAAAGGUAUUUAUGAAAUCUUCUGCAAAGAAACGUUUGGUGUGAAGGCAAAGAAACUCGACUUCGGUCUACAGCCUUACAAAAUCCCAGAAACUGAAACAGUGUGCUACCUGAUGCCCUCGUCCAGCCCUCGCUGUGCACAGUUCCCCCGUGCGCAGGAUAAGGUUCAUUUCUACAUCAAGCUGAAGGAGCUGCGGGACGAGAUGAAGGGUCUGAUCCCGAAGCGCGAGGUGGAGGAGACGGAGUACCUGUUCGAUCUGCAGCUAGCCAAAGAGGAUGCAAAGAGGAUAUCAAUCAAAGAGGAGCAGGUGGAUCCGGAGUAUGAAAGCUCUAAUGCGCUACCCGGCGACGAGAAGCAAAGCAGCAACGACGGCGACGAGAAGCAAAGCAGCGACUCCUCCAAGUAAAGGAGCGCGAAGAGAGGAGGAGAACAGCCUGUCUGCUGUAGCACACAGGUAGUGUAGUGACCGUGUGGUUCUCACUACAGUUCAUCGAGUUGGAACUAAACAGAGUUAGGGUUAGUUACAGGUGCAUCAACUGCAUCUGUAAAUAAUGACUCCAAACCACUGUGACUGAUCACCUUUCUGAAGCAAUUUAAAGGUCUGUUGAUUUUUUUAUAGAACAGUAACAUGAACCAAUGACCUCAAACAUCCCGGAGAAAAAAUAGAUUUGAAGUCCGGCAACAUUUUAGGCACACGGUACAUUUCUGUUCACACCGAAAGAUAGUUUUUGUUUGUUUACACGAAAGCUCCACUGGGAAACCUACGGGAUAUUUGUCCACUUGUACCUUAUUGCCCCAUGUUUUUGUGUCUAAGUGACACCCAUUUUCUUAAUUGGUCCAGUAUUGACCCACUAGACAGGCUGCUAUGUAAUCCUAUUGGGCAAUUACACACCUUCAGUUUAUGUCAACUAAAACAUGCUUGUUUUUCAUCAA